GCCUAUUCUAUCCAAUUAGAACACUAGUGCAGGAACUAAGAUCUCAGCCUGUUCUACUGCACUCAGGCUCUCCAACCUCUCCCAGCCCUCAAGCUCUCCAAGCAAUGACCUCAUUGCAAAAGACAGUCUGAGCGGGUGGCUCCCUCCCUAGUGGACCGGUGCGGGGAGCGGGAGCAAUGACGCAAUCGGAGCUGGGUCGGUCCUGGCCACUUUGGAUUGGCCACGCAGGCUCGUGGGGAACCCCUCCCACUAUCACUGGAAUAAGAGCCAAGAGCUCCGCUGGGAAGACACCCACAGCAGGCGUUGUGUCCAUCCAGGGGGACCGGCUGCUUGCACUCUCCUGCAACUCGAGUCUCCAGAGAGGCAUCAUGGGCUUCGGGAAGUCCUCCCCCUUCUUGGCUCUCAGCAUCUUGGUCCUGUGCCAGGCAGGCGGCCUCCAGGCAACACCGCUCAGGUGGGCCUUGGAGAGCCUCCCAGACUCCGAACUUGCUGCACUCAAUGAGAAGGAUGGGCACCUCCUGCUGGCUUCACUGGUGAAGGCCUAUGCACAGAGGAACGCCAAUGAGCUGGACCAGCCUGAGGAGCAGGAGCUGGAGGCAGAGGACUCCAGUGCCACGCUCCAGAAGAGAUCCUGCAGCACUUCCACCUGUACGAUCCAUCGCCUGGAAGACGCUCUGAGACAAUAUGUGGGGAUGCUUAAGGAAGACUUCGUGCCCACUGAUGUGGGCCCCAAUUCCUAUGGCCGUCGCCGUAGGGAACUUCAGGCCUGAGCUGCUAAAGGACUCCAGGAAGAAGGUUACAAUGAAGCUGAACUCACCACUUCUAUUAAUUUCUGUUGACAACAACUUGGUGAGAAGACCCCAGGGAAGAUAUACAUGUUUGCAUUCAAAUAGAUUUAAAAAAAGCACCUUUUCACUCAAAAGAGCAAAAUAAACA